GGCUUCCAAUUUCUGUUUCAUUUCUCGUUGACUAACAACCUACCCACCCCGUCUGCACCAAGCUAGGGUUUAUUCUUUUUUUCCCUCAAACCAUAGAGAAAAACCUUCAAAAUAGAAUUUUUAUACUGAUUUAAGGAAGAAGAAGAAGAAGAAGUUCCUUGAUGAAUCAGUUGACAUGGGUUAUUACUUCUUUGCUCCACUAAUCAAGGCGGGUGUAAGUGCUGAGGUUUUUGUAUUGUCUUUAAGCUUAAAGGACUCUGUUUCGAUUGAAGUUCAUUGAUGGUUUGACGAAGAGGAGCAAUUCGAGGUAAAACAGCAUUUGGAGUUUGGUUACGUUAGACAAGUAUUCAGAUGGAUAAUUCAGAUCGUCCUAACAAUCGGAGUCUUGAUUAUUUGGGUGUGAAUAAAUUGGGGAAGAAUAUAAAGAAAAGUCCCGUACACCAACCCAAUUUCAAUAAUGCAAAUAGUGCUAGACAACAAGCUCAACCCCAAGUUUAUAAUAUCAACAAAAAUGAUUUUCGGAGUAUUGUUCAGCAAUUGACUGGUUCGCCAUCACAAGAACCUCAACCUAGACCUCCACAUAAUCCACCAAAACCUCCAAGUAUGAGAUUGCAAAAGAUUCGGCCUCCACCUUUGGCACCAAUUAAUCGUCCCAGAAUUCCCAUGCACCCUCCAGCACCGAUGCCAGGCCCAGGUCAACCUGCAGGUCCUGCACCUGGUGUUGCAUACAAUAACAAUUUUGUGAGGCCUCCUCCUCAGUAUGGUCAACCAUCUCCCCCCAUGUUACCACCCUUUAACCAUGGUGAUGUUUGGACUAAUACAGCUGAGUCUCCAAUCUCAGCUUAUAUGCGUUACCUUCAAAAUUCGAUAAUAGAUCCAGGGCCUACACAAAUACAAAUACAACCUCAAGGCCCUGCUCAUACUCAAGCACUUCCUCCAUCAUCCGGCUUACUUCCUAAACCUUCAAUGCCACCACUUCCUUCUCCUAGAACGAAUGGGCCACCUCUCCUCCCAUCACCUAGAACAAAUGGUCCACCUCCUCUCCCAUCCCCGCGAAUGAAUGGUCCACAUCCUCCUUUCCCAUCUCCUAGGAUGAAUGGUCCUCCUCCACCUCUUCCAUCUCCAGGAAUAAAUGGGCCUAACUUUUUGCCUUCCCCCACUUCUCAGUUCCUUUUGCAAUCACCCACUGGCUUCUUCAACUUGUUAUCUCCUCGAUCACCUUAUCCAUUGCUUUCUCCUGGUAUGCAGCGUCCUCCACCACAGGCUCCGAAUUUCUCCUUCUCUCACAUGGCUCAGCCUGGGAUUUUAGGCCCUGGACCACAAUUUCCCCCAUCUCCUGGUUAUGGAUUUCCUUUGUCACCAUCGGGAUUCUUUCCCAUGACAAGUCCAAGAUGGAGGGAUCAAUAGUGCUAGGGAAAAGCUACUGACUUUGGACAGUUCCAGUGACUGAUAUUGGUUUGAGGUAUUUUGUGGUGGAAAUCUUCUCCAAAAUUGAAGCUUUAUACCUGUUGAGAUACAAUGUACCCUAGCUAAACAUAAAAGAUCUCUUUAGAAAUCUGCAUUUAUUUUUGUUUUUUUAUUUUUAUUAUUUUAUUCACACACAUUGCCAUCUUAUCUUACUCUUUCUGAGUAGAAUCUGUAGCUGAUUCAUCUCUUUAUUCUCUUAGAACUUUAGGCAAUGUAGUUAAUUAGGCAACUCAAAAAGGGCUGUAACUUGUUAGAUGUUCUUUAAAGUGAUCUAUAUGUAGGAUAAAUGCGGGAAAGAUUCUUGUAUUCUUGUACUAUCACAUUUGGAAUCAAAUACUUUGAAUUUUCUUCA